ACACUUCGCUCAAAGACACAAUUGUUCAUAUGUUUAGCGUUUCAUUCUUUUGUCCUCUUAGAAAUCCUAGACUUCGCUGACAGUUUCGAACUUUCGAGUUCUAUAUAUAUUGGUAGAUAGGUAGAUUUUGAAGUCAGAAAUGGAUAAUUUGAGAGUUAGUGUGUUCUGUUUUGUACUUGUUUUUCUUGGUAGUUGGAUAGGAUUUGCCGAAGCAGGAAGGCAUUUAGUCCAACAAAAACCUGACCCAAAAGAUGCUGUGGCUACUGCUCGAUGGUUGGUCUCUCAGAACAAUUGGGGUGUUUUAAGUACCAUCUCAAGUGAACUUGGAGGAGCUCCAUUUGGGAAUGUUGUCUCAUUUAGUGAUGGAUUACCUAAUAAGGGUCAUGGCGUCCCGUAUUUCUAUUUGACAACCCUUGAUCCUACUGCUAGAAAUGGACUGAAAGAUGCAAGAUCUUCAUUCACAGUUAGUGAAUUUCCCAUUGGGACUUGUGGGAAGAAGGAUCCUGAGAACCCAACUUGUGCUAAGCUUACUCUUACAGGAAAGUUUAAGCUAGUGGAUGUUAACUCCAAGGAAUCUAGUUUUGCUAAAGAUGCCUUAUUUUCAAAACACCCUGAAAUGAAGGGCUGGCCUAAGGGUCACGACUUCCAGAUUUUUAAGUUGGAAAUUGAGGAUAUAUUUUUGAUCGACUGGUUCGGUGGUCCCAAACCUAUCACAGUUGCUCAGUACCUUCGACCAAGAAUAAUGCGGGCCUCUGUCUUCUACAGGAGCCAACUUGCUUCUGUUUCUGUGCUGUGAAUAUGGAUCCCGACUCUCCUUCAUGUCUAUCCAUGUUUUGUGCAAUUGAUACUUGAUUCUGCACCGUGAAUGCACUUUUGACAUCCUGUUCAUUUCUGUUUGUGUUUUGUACAAAUUAUUUUUCAUUGUAUAUGGUGUGCAAAAUUGUAAAUACAACAUUGAAGAACUGUUCUUAUACAUCCUAAAAUUGUAAAUUGUUGAUUCCUGUAAUAUGCUGAUCCUGCAUAUGGAGGAUAACAAAGUGAAUGUGAACAUUAUCAUAUGGGUUUCUCUUCGUUCUUCUCUCUUGAUGUACGAGAUUCUGAUGUCUUGUUGAUGUAACAAUACAUUACUUUGUCAAAUGAGUUCGAUUCCUAUGUGUACAUAUUGUUUAAUA